GACGUCACCGCCGUGUUGAUUUGCUAAGCCGCGAGCGGAGAGGAGUUAGUGAGCGCGAGAGAGAGCGGGUACUGUGAACUGCGUUACUAUGCUACAGUCCUAAUAACCGCGCGCUCGGAAGCCAAACGUGCAAGACAGAUUGACCUUAUCUUGUUUACAAAGAUAACUGAACAGACUGCUACGUGGAAAGAGAGACUCAUGAGUUGGCCGUGUGGAUUUCAGAGACGUUAUGGAUUUAACUAAAAUGGGUAUGAUCCAGCUCCAAAACCCCAAUCACCCCAAUGCCCUGCUGCACAAGGCUAAUCAGAUGCGCCUGGCCGGCACGCUGUGCGACGUGGUCAUCAUGGUGGACAGCCAGGAGUUCCACGCUCACCGGACCGUGCUGGCCUGUGCCAGUAAGAUGUUCGAGAUCCUCUUUCACCGGAACAGCCAACAUUACACUCUCGACUUUCUCUCACCAAAGACCUUCCAGCAAAUUCUGGAGUAUGCCUACACUGCCACGCUCCAAGCUAAAGUGGAGGAUCUGGAUGACCUGCUGUACGCAGCAGAGAUCUUAGAAAUAGAGUACUUGGAGGAGCAAUGCCUGAAGAUACUGGAGACCAUCCAGUCCUCUGAUGAAAACGACACUGAGGUCAACAUGAAUGACGGAGGCGCAGAAGACGAUGAGGAGCGCAAGGGACGGCAUGGGAGAAACCCGAAAAAGCAUUCCGUGGAGGAGGGCAGCUACGUGUUAGCUGCCCAGCAAGCACUGAUGCUGCCAGGAAUGUUGGAUCAGAGUCCUUCUGUCUCCACCUCCUUUGGCCUCUCCACCAUGAGCCCAACCAAAGCAGCCGUGGACAGCCUGAUGAGCAUUGGCCAGUCCCUCCUGCAGAGCACCAUGUACCCUGGUGCGGUUGCUGGUCAGCCCCUGCAAGGCAACUCCCACCCCAUGAUGGGAGAGAUCAAAACGGAGAUGAUGCAAGUAGAUGAGAGCGGAGAGCAUGAGAGCCCUAAAGCCAUGGAAUCCAGCGCCUCCAGCAACGGUGAACGCAGUGGAGAACCUGACAAGAACCGUGAUGGGCCCGGCACCCCUACCAGGAGCAGCGUGAUCACUAGUGCCCGUGAACUGCACUACGUCAGGGAGGAAGGUGUGGGUGACCAGCAGCCCGAGGUCAGCCAGAUGGGGCUGGAGGCCAUGGCGGGGAUGACCGAAAAACACUUGGCGUCGCUCUAUGGCAUUCCCCCCAAUCACAAGAACGAAGCAAUGCUCUCUAUGCCCGCCUCCAUGGCCUCAUCCUUGCACAUGUCCCCAGCAUUGGCCAUGUCCAUGGACUUCAGUGCCUACGGGGGCUUGCUGCCACAGAGUUUCAUCCAGAGGGAGUUCUUCAACAAGCUUGGCGAAUUAGCUGCUGGGAUGAAGCCCGACGGCCGCAGCCCGAACGAGCGCUGCAACGUGUGCGGCGCCGAACUACCUGACAAUGAGGCCGUAGAGCAACACAGGAAGCUGCACAGCGGAAUGAAGACCUACGGAUGCGAGCUUUGUGGAAAACGCUUCCUAGACAGUCUGCGCCUAAGGAUGCACUUGCUGUCUCACUCAGCUGGUGAGAAAGCCAUCGUUUGUGACCAGUGUGGAGCUCAGUUCCAGAAGGAAGAUGCUCUGGAGGCCCACCGGCAGAUCCACACAGGUUCAGAUAUGGCCAUCUUCUGUUUGCUGUGCGGGAAGCGCUUCCAGACGCAGACGGCUCUGCAGCAGCACAUGGAGGUCCACGCAGGCGUGCGCAGCUACAUCUGCAGCGAGUGCAACCGCACAUUUCCCAGCCACACCGCACUCAAGCGCCAUCUCCGUUCACAUACAGGUGACCAUCCAUUUGAGUGCGAGUUCUGCGGCAGCUGCUUCCGAGACGAGAGCACGCUGAAGGGACACAAGCGCAUCCACACCGGAGAGAAACCCUAUGAAUGUAACGGCUGUGGCAAGAAGUUCAGCCUCAAACACCAGCUAGAGACCCACUACCGUGUCCAUACAGGUGAGAAGCCGUUUGAGUGCAAGCUCUGCCACCAGCGCUCCAGGGACUACUCGGCCAUGAUCAAACACCUGCGUACCCACAACGGAGCCUCACCGUACCAGUGCACCAUCUGCCUGGAAUACUGCCCCAGCCUCUCCUCCAUGCAGAAGCACAUGAAGGGCCACAAGCCCGAAGACAUCCCCCCGGACUGGAGGAUAGAGAAGACUUACCUGUACCUCUGCUACGUCUGAAGGAGGGAGACGGUGGGGAUGGAGGGGAGCGGGAGGGCGAGGGGUUAAUGCGCCUGGAAACACAGUCAGGAAAUGGACAGAUUUGUCGGAGGGGCUGGGCAAGGCAGAAUGGGAAUGGACAGGAACUAAAAAGGCAGAAAUCUUACCCCGUCAGUAUCGCAAAACUGAAAAAAAAAGCAUCAUGUUAUAGCCAUAUAUCGGUUCGCAGCACGGAUCAUAUGGGAAGUCCUCUCUCUGCAUGUCAGCUUACGUCCCAAACUUUAAAUAUGUCUUAUCAGUCAAACACACACUUCAGCAAUGAUCCCUUCUCUUCGUAAGGAUGCCCUCUUCUGGUACAAAAAUAGUAGUGUGAACUAGUGUUUAUCUCUGACUGAUCAGUUCGAUCGCAGCAGAGAUGUCGGUGCAAGAAGCACUUAGAUCCAUCAGCGGUAACGUGCCAGUCAGGUACUCCACAGCUAAUAUGAACCGUCAUGAUCAUCAGGGUCGCUACUGCAAACUGGGAUGUAAGCUU